AUGAAGCAGCUGCCCGAAGAGCUACUCCAGCUCAUCUGCGAGAAUCUGUGCCCCUGGGGCUAUACCAGCUGCCGCGAAAUCGAUAAUACCUUGCUGGCCACUCUCAGAAGCCUCUCGCUGGCCAACAAGGCGCUCAGACGGAUCGCACAGCCUGUUAUGCUGCAGACCCUGAACUUCGAAAAGCGUCGCUGGUCACAAGUUCGAUCUCUACUUCGCCUCGUCUCGAAACAGCCUCACCUUGCCCGUUUCGUACGCGAAAUCACCGUUCCAGACUGGCUGUCGUACGAAGAAGAGGAGGAUGAGAAACACUCUUCAUUGUCGGCCACCGAGGCCCAUGUCAUUCAAGGCUUAGCCAAGGGGCUUCCAGCAUCACAAGAGCUACGACACAGGCUGCAUGCCGACCUCGUUGCAGGUUCCAAGGAUGCGGAGUUUACAAUGCUGCUCUCUCUCUGCUCAAAGCUCGAGUACCUUCAUGCAAAGCUUCCUGGGCCACUUGACAACUACUGGAUACAACAUUUUCUCGCUCAAGCUGCCGAGUCUGCAGCUGCGAAUUUGGGAUUUGCAGGCUUUCGAUGUCUCCGCCAUGUCGAAUUGAAUACAUCUGAAUCUGGCGGCCUUGAGCUGAUCACAAUUACGCCACUCCUAUGUCUGCCUGCAUUGAGGAAAUUAAGCUGCUGGGUGCUCAACUGUGAUGAACACGAAAUACCGGCCAUACGCUCUCCCAUCAAGAGCCUGCAACUCAGGCAAGCUUUGCUCGAAGAGGAAGGUCUGGGAAAGCUGCUCGCCGUAUGUCCGGAUGUUAACGACCUCCAGAUAGAAUGGGGAUUCUCCUUCAUCUCGCUACUCGGUGAUUAUGAUCGAUGGGGAGGUGUGUUGCGGAAAUUCGGAGCGAAACUGGUGUCUCUGUCCAUCGACAUCUCCGACUGCGAGGAAGAUGAAGAUCUUCCCAUCGGCACAAUUGGCGACCUCAGUUCAUUGUCGCGGCUCAAGACACUCACUUUGCCAUUCGACAGCCUGUGCGAUAGCGAGCUCUCUGUCGGAGACCAGCUUCCUUUACCCGACUUGCUCCCACCGUCUUUGAAGACCUUGUACGUCUGGUCAUCCGACACGCUAAACACACGUGCAAAGAUGAAAGCGUACUAUGACUUACAGCUGACCGGGUUGAUCCACGACACACGGUUUCAGGCACUGGACAAGAUUACUCUAGACCGAGUACCAAUGCUGAAAAUCGACUUGAAGGGUACAGAUUGGAAGCUAUCAAGGGAGGAAUCGAAAUGGGCCACGCUGAGCAGGUUCAAGUGGAAUGAAAAUUAA